AUGCAAGGUCACAGCCACAUCAUACAGCUUUGGAGUGUUUUCUCUGUGCAGGGUGACGAGCAGAGGCAGGAAACAUCUCUCCGCCACCCCCCAAAGUGCACACACAGGGCCACUGCUUGCAAAGUUUCAUUUUCCUCCAGGCUACACGCAGUGCAGCAGAGCAAAGAGCACUCCACUCCUGACGAUGGUCACAGAAGACCACAAAUAUCCAAGGUGCAGAGGCCCCAGUUCGUCCACGCGCUCUCUGCCCUGCUCCUGCUGUUUCUAGGGAAAGCCAUGGGAGCAGCUCCAGAGAGAGGUGGCCACGGCAAGAGCAGUGAUGACAUCGUCGUGAGUUUCCUGGUUUGCCUGCUGCUGCUGCUGCUCCUCUUGCUGUUCCUGGCGUGGCGCCGGCUGAGCCGCAAAUCAGGAGGAAGGUACCACCCCCAGCGCCUGCUGAGGGGUCUGAUGCUCCGAUGGCAAGGGCUUUGGGGAGGGGAACUCCCCGAAGAGCCGUUACAGGGACAGCAGGAUGAGAAGCUGGGAGACGAAGAGUCCGGGGAGGAGCAACCCAUUGAUGUGGGGGAUGAGAGGGAGCAGCAGCAGCUUCUCCAAGGAGAAGACGAGGAGGAGGACAAGGACGAGGAAAAGCAAGGAGCUUCCAAGGAGAAGGCCGAACCGGAGCCAGCAGAAGAUAAAGCAGUGCAGGAGGCCUCAGUGGAAGAAGGGGUCCCAAAGGCAACUGAGAGCAGCGCAGGGGCUCUCCUGAGUGAUCUGCAUUCUUUCUCUGGGACAGCGGCCUGGGAGGACCCAGGCAAACAGCUGCAUGUCACUGCCCUCUAG